GAGCAUUAUAUUUACAAUUAACAAGACUCGAACAGCAAAGUGCAACAUACAGAAGGAAAAUAACACAUUAUAAUAUUAAUUAUCAAGAUAAUCGUACCUAUAAUAUUAAUCAAAGAAGUAAGAAAGAUAAAAAAGAAUUAGCAAGAAGAAAAAAGAAAUUAGAAGAAAAAGAAGAAGAAUUAGAAAAAGAAAAAGAAAAAUUAAGGAAAAGAAUCAAACAACAAGAAAAACUACAGAAAAGACUUGAAGAAAAGGAUAAGGAAAUAAAAAGACUCAAGAAAGAAAGAGAAGAAGAGAAAUUAAGACAAGAACGAUACGAUUCGGAACGAAAAAGACAAGAAGAACAAAGGGAACAAGAAAGAAAACAAAGAGAAGAAGACGAAUAUAGAAAAAGACAACGAGACGAAGAAAAUAGAAGAAGAAACGAGGAAAUACUUGAAAGGUAUAGGAAAGAACAAGAACGAAUAAAAGAACAAGAAAGAAGAGAAGAAGAAAAGAGACAAAGAGAAAGAGAGGAAUACGCAAGAAAGGAACAAGAAAGAAAAGAUCAAUAUAUAAUAGCCAAGUUGAUAGAAAUAGCAAGGAGAUUAGGAUUUACAGUCAGCACAAGAGUGUUAGACAAAUUAGGAACGGUAAUAGUUUAUACAGACAAAAACGGAGAAAGAAUAAUAACAAAAGAAGAACUCAUAGACUUAAUAAACGAAGAAAUAAAAAGGAUAGAAGCUUUAAUUAAGGAAAAAGAAGAAAAACGACUAAAAUCAUCAGCAAAGGACGAAGCAAUUCAACACGCGGCAAAAACUAUAGAAGAAAUAUUCAAAGAAACUGAAGGAGUAAAGGAAGUCCUAGAAGAUAUAGAAAAAUUAAGAAUAGCCAAAGAAGUGGAAGCAAAGGAAAAAAUAGAAGAAAAAAUAAAGAUAGAAGAAGUAGGAGAAUUUACGGUACAAGAGUUAAAAGGCAUAUUAAAAGAUUUUAGGAAAAUAAAAAGAGAAGAAGGGAUCCCCGUAUCAGAUUCUGAAGAAGAAGAAUCGGAAAUAAACAGAGCAACAACAAGUAACCCGAAAUACAACGCACUCGUAAACGAAAUAGCUGAAUUAGUAGGAUUCAUACAAAUAGACGAAGAAGAAGUAUCAGGAAAAACAGUAAUACCAGGAGAAUUUCAAGGAACAGUAAUACAAAAAUUAGAAACAUUAAAAGGAGAAAUCGUAACAAAUAUUUUAAAAUCAAAUUUAGAAGGACAAUCAGGAAUACCAAUAGAAGGAAGAUCACCUAAAGAUACCAGGUCAAUAGAUUCAAAAACGGGAAAAGUUAUUUUAGGAAGAAGACUAGACAUUAAAGAAGAAUUAAUAAGAGAAAAUAAAAAACUAGUGGAAACCAUUAAACAAAUAAAUAAGGAAAAAGAUACACUCAAUAAACAAAUAAGAGAACAAAAAGUAAAUCACCUAAGAGAAAAAAGAGAAAAUACUGAAAAAAUAGUAGAAAUAAUAAAUAAAAUAACAAAAAGAGAAACGAAAAAUAUCAAAAUAGAAAUAUUAGAUAAGGACAAUAAAAACAACGAAGAAAUAAAACUACCAAUAGGAGAAGACACGGAACCUAAGUCAUCAACAGAAGACGAAGUAAAGAGAUUAAUAAAACUGGUAGAAAAAUUGUUAAAAGAAGUAGAAGAAUUAGAAAAUCGAUUGGAAUACGCAAUAGAAGUCAUAGUAGAACUGUAUAAAAAUAUUAGAUACCAAUUGGAAGAAGAAGACGACGCAAAAUACGAUUCGAUAAUAGAACAAUUUGAUAAACUAAAAGAAGCAAUCGGAGACGAACCAAUAAUAAAAACAAAUAGAGAAGCAAAGAUAAGAUUAGUCCAAUUAGAAAACCAAAGAAAACAAUACAUAGAAGAAAGAAAAGAAAGAGAACGAGACGCAUUAGAAAAAUUAACAGAAGCACAAGGAAAACUAGAAGAAACAGAAAAAGAAUUAGAGAAAGUCACAACUCAACUUGAAAAUAAAGACCAGAAAAAUAAAGCCAGAAAGAAACAAGUAGAAAAACUCGAAUUAGAAAAUACCGACUUAAAAGCAAAAUUAGCACAGGCAGAAAAUCUAAAUCAAUUACUAGACGACGAAAAUAAAGCAUUAACUAAAGAAAGAAACGAACUCAGAAAAACCAAUCAUAAAUUAAAAACAGAAAACGAUCAAUUAAAAGCAGCAGCAGGAAAUAAUCCGGCAAAAAUGGCAGGAUUACCAAUAAAACUUAACGAGGAAAGAAACGAACAAAGACGAAUCGAUGAAUUUAAUAACUUUAAAGAUCAGAAUAUAAGGAUCUCAGAUUUAAGAACAUAUGAUGGAACAAGGAAAGAAACAGAAUCAUGGAUUGAUGACGUAGAACAAUGGCUAAUAGCAAAUUCACUACCAAAAGGAAAUGAACCAAAUACCAACUGUGAUGGAACACCAGCAGGAGGAAAUGUACAAAACGAAGCAGAACCAGGAAUAACAUGGCAAGCUCUAAGAUUGAGAAGAAGACCGAACGAUGACACAAACGUAGGAAAUAUAAGAGUAAAUGCAAUGAGAGACGGAUACGAAUUAAUCAAUGCAACAUUAAAUGCUCAAGACUUACAAAGGAUGGCAGGAAGAAUUGGAAGACUAAAUGGAACAUUUGAUGCAGCAGCAAAUGACUGUAAAAGAUCGUCAAGAAUAAUAGAACUUAUAGCAACAAGAUUUAUAGGAGAAGCACAAAUAGCAUGGAAAUCAUUACAAGGAAUCGAUAGACCAAGAACAUGGGAAGAUCACCAAUUUGAAGGAGCAGUAGCACCAUUGGGAUUAAAAUCAUGGAUUAGAAGAAACUUUUUAUCAAGAAUAGAUACCCAAUUAAAAUAUGCGGAAUUUACAAAGAUAAAGAUGACAUAUCACUACAAAAAUAUUCAAGAAUACAACGUUAAAUAUAAUAACCUAAAAAGACAAGCCAGACAAGAAAACAUGGAAAGAAGGAAUGCAAUAGACCAUUACUUAAAUUCGUUACCACAUUCAAUAGAAAUAAGAGUAAGAGAAUGGAUGGCAACGAAGGAAACAGAAGGAACCGAAGUACCAUUGGAAGGGGAUACAAAUUCAGUACAAGCCAAUGCAGUAGUAAUAUACUCACAAUUAGAAAGAGUUAAAGGAGAUCUAGAAACAAAAAAUCCAUAUAAAUCCACAAAUUACAGAAAAAACUAUAGAAUUAAUGAAAUAAAUGAAUCAAUAGAGGAAUUAGUAGAAAAAAUAAGCAAUUUGGAAGUUGACGAAGAAAGGAAAGAAGAGUUAAUUGAAAAAAUAGAACGAUUAGAAUUAAGUGGAAGCACAUUUCCAGGAAAAAAUGGAAGAAAUCAUAUAAAAAUGGAAAUCGUUGACCCAAAUAAAGAAAAAUUUUCAUUCCAAGAAAAAGGAAAAUAUAAACCAAAAUAUAAACCAAUGAACCAAGAAAAUAAACAAGGAUAUAACUCAAGAGGAAGGUUCAAUAGAUCUAGAAGAGGCAGAUCAGGAAGAGGAAGAAAUAAUAAUUUAAAAGAAAUUUUAUCAGAAGAAAUCUUAUCAGAAGAAGAAGUAGAAAUAUCCAGAGGAGGAAUUGUCUCAGCAAAGGAAAAAGGAAGAAAAUACGAAUGCAAAAUUAUUAAAAAACUGGAAGAAUCAGGAAUACAAGUAAUUGCCACAAAAGAACAAAUAGAAGGAACGAAUAUAGGAGAUAAAGGAAUAGAUUUUAUGAUACAAUCAACGAAUGGAAUGAUAUUAGGACAAAUAAAGGAUUGGAAUAAAAAAGUAGGAGCAGAAAAAGUAAAAGAAUUUAUAACAACGGUAUCGAAAGCACCCAACAACAAAGGAAUAAUCAUAUCAAGUUCAGGAUUUACAAAAUCCGCAUACGAGGAAAUAAAAGAUAUAGAAAAUAUCAUAUUGGCUGAAGAAGGAGAAAUCAUUGAAAAAAUACAAGAAAUAUCAACCGAGAAUUAA